AUGUGUCCUGUCCUCCUGCAGGUGGAGAUCCUGGACACAGAAACCAAAGAGCAGCUGUGCUUCCUGGACAAGGUUGAACCUCAUUCAACUAUCAGUGAUAUUAAAGGACUGUUCCAUAAGUCAUAUCCACGGAGGUAUCCAGCCAGACAGGCCCUGACUCUACAUCCCCAAGGAAACUUGCUGAAAGAUGAUGAAGUUUUACAGAACCUUCCAGGUGGAACCACAGCCAAACUCUACUUCAGAGACCUCGGCCCACAGCUGGGCUGGACCAUGGUGUUUUUGUCGGAGUAUGUUGGACCCCUAUUGAUAUACCUCCUCUUUUACUUCCGAGUUCCCUACAUCUACACCCCUAAAUACACCUUCACCAGCAGCCCCCACCUUGUAGUCAGCCUGGCCUGUGCCUGCCACUCUUUCCACUACAUUAAGAGGCUGGUUGAGACCAUAUUCGUGCACCGGUUCUCCCACGGCACCCUGCCUCUCAGGACCAUGCUGAGGAACUGCGUUUAUUACUGGGGUUUCUCUGCCUGGCUGGCGUACUACAUCAACCACCCUCUCUACACACCUCCAUCGUAUGGAGAAAGGCAGAUUAAAUAUGCACUUUUCAUCUUUAUGUUGUGUGAGGCGGGUAACUUCUCUAUUCAUUACUCCCUAAACAGCUUACUAGGAGAAGGCCCCAAGUGUCGACGGUUCCCUCAUCCAUCUAAAAACCCUUUUACCUGGCUGUUCUUCUUCGUGUCCUGCCCUAACUACACAUACGAGGUGGGGGUUUGGGUGAGUUUCUCCAUUAUGACCCAGUGUGUUCCAGUCGCUCUCUUCACGCUGUUAGGAUUUGUACAGAUGACGAUCUGGGCGAAGGGGAAGCAUAAAGCCUACACCAGAGAGUUUAAGGAUUAUCCUGCUCUCCGUAUGCCCAUCCUCCCCUUCAUCCCCUGAUCCUGAGGACCACCGAGUCUCCUGAACGCCUGAAGCUUCACUGAUCCUGAGUCUGAAAGAAUACACAGUGUGAUUUAUAGAGUUUUUACUGGUCAUACAGAGUUUAACGCCCAUCUGAACCAACAGACGCCUGUUUUCUUAUUCCUUCUCUGUGGAGAUCAAUGGAAAAUAAAUAAAAAAAAAAACAUCUUUAUUAAUUAUACAUUUUAUAACCCAACAACUUCUUAGCAUCUACUACCUGUACUUAAGGUAAACUAUUGUAUAAUAUAUAUAAGCCAUGUUUAGAGACAAAAUUACAGGUCUGAAAAAGAAUAUACUCUAUAUUUUGUAUCUGCUAAUCAAUUAUUCGGUUGUGGAAUUUACAGAAACACACAGGUGCAUCUAAAAAAAUGAAUAUCAUUGAAAAGUUACUUUAUUUCAGUAAUUUAGUUCAAAAUGUAAAUCCCAUAUAUUAUAUAGCUGUAUUAAAAACAGUGAUCUAUUUUAAGCAUUUAUUCAUUUUAUUGUUGGUUUUGAUUAUGGAAUUACAGCUAAUAAAACCAAAAAGUCAUGAUAUCUCAGAAAAUUAGAAUAUUAUACAGAUCUGGAAAAAAUAAGAGGCCACUUUUUUAAAAUGAUGAGUUUCUUUGAUUUUACCAAAUUGAAAACCUCUAAAAUAAAUAUAAUCAAGAGGAAGAUGGAUGAUCACAAUCCAUCAAACCACCAAACUGAACUGCUUGAAUUUUUGCACCAGGAGUAAAGCAGCAUAAAGUUAUCCAAAAGCAGUGUGUAAGACUGGUGGAGGAGAACAUGAUGUCAAGAUGCAUGAAAAAAAAA